AUGGCGGAUGCCCUUAGUUUACUACGACAGUACAACAUCAACAAGAAGGAAAUUAUUGAGAAGGAUGAUCAAGUUAUCUUCGGAGAGUUUGCCUGGCCGAAAACUACAAAGACAAAUUACCUAGUGUGGGGGACUGGGAAGGAUGGCAUUGCUAAGGAGUAUUACAGUUUGGACUGUAUUUUGUUUCUGCUGAAGAAUGUCAACCUUGCCCAUCCCCUCUACGUCAGAGAAUCAGCGGCUGCCCAUGUCCCUGUUGUUCGUCGUCCGGACAGAAAAGAUUUACUGGCCUAUCUCAAUGGAGAAAUUACAAACUCCACCAGUAUCGACAAAAGCGCUCCAUUAGAAAUAUCAUUACAGAGACCAGCACAAGUUAAAAGGACAGCUGAUGAUGGUGGAGGUGACACAGAGAAAAAGAAGCCAAGGCUGGAGGAGGAGCAGGUCCAGCAAGCCAAGAAGAAUUGGAUGUGCAAGUUUGAUGCCCCCAAGGAUUCUGUGGGACCCAACAAAACCAUGUCCUCCUCCCUACGGGAAGCUUUACCCAUGGAGAAAAUUGCCCAGAUCAAAGCAAAAAGGCUGGCAAUCAAGCGAACCAUGAUCAAGGGAGAUAAUGACAUUGCACCAGGCCCAUCUGAGAAAAGUUUUGUGGAUGCCGAGAUGGAUGUAACAAGAGAUAUUGUUAGCAGAGAGAGACUGUGGCGAACGCGGACUUCCAUACUACAGAGUACAGGCAAGAUUUUCUCCAAGAACAUCUUCAGCUUGUUACAGUCCAUCAAAGCUCGGGAGGAGGGAGGCCAGCGACAGCAACCCACAGUUCAAACCACACCUAUGUCUCUUCCUAAACCACAGCAAACCAUAGGUUACAACAGAUACGACCAGGAAAGAUUCCGCGGGAAGGAAGAAACGGAUGUGUUCAAGAUCGACACGACAGGGACGUACCAUGGAAUGACGCUGAAAUCAGUGACGGAGGGCGCAUCAGCCAGGAAAACACAGCCUCAGCCACAAGCCCCUCAUCACUUCCCAACCCCCCAACCUCAUGCAAGACCUGUCUCCCAGGCCAGGCCACCACCCAACCAGAAAAAAGGUUCAAGAACGCCUAUCAUCAUCAUCCCAGCAGCAACCACAUCUCUCAUCACCAUGUAUAACGCUAAAGACAUCUUACAGGAACUCAAAUUUGUCACAACAGAAGACAAGAAGAAUCAAGGUACGAAGCGUGACAAUGAAGUGUUAAUCCAGAGGAGGAAGUCUGGAGGGCUUACGGUACCUUACAGGAUUAUAGAUAAUCCUCUCAAGCUGACAAAUGAAGACUGGGACCGGGUGGUGGCGGUGUUUGUACAAGGGCCAGCUUGGCAGUUUAAGGGAUGGCCCUGGGACGGGAAUCCUGUGGAAAUCUUCGCCAGAAUACGAGCUUUCCACUUGAAAUGGUCUGAGCUGCCCCUGGACAGCAAUGUGAAAAAGUGGGCGGUGCAUGUGUUGAAUCUGGACAGGCGUAAGCGGCAUCUAGACCGAGCGACCUUCAACCAGCUCUGGGAGCACUUAGACAGGCACAUGAUGAAGAACAAACCCCAUUUGAGGUUCUGAGGAGGACAUAUAGUAUUAAGAUUCAUAAAGCCUUAGUAUCUGGACCAUGUACAUGUGUAAAUAUUGUAAGAUUAUCACAGCUGUCAAUAGCAUUUAUACCUGUAACUUGUUGUGCCCUACUGGUCAUGGUAUGUCUACACACAACUCGUUAGUAAAGUACAUGUAAGUGGAUGGACCUGAACAUUGUACAGGUGCUUUCAGGCGCGUACUUUUUGUAAAGUAAAUGGUUUUUGUUGUCAUUUUUUGUUUUUGUACUUGCAUGCUUUUCCCCCUGGUUUUCUUUGACAGGCAACCUAGAAUGAAGCCAAUACUACAGUACAGCAUGCUGUAGUAAGUAAUUUUAGGGCCAUGCCAUGAGAAUUAACACAGACCUUCUAGUGUACCUUAACAAUAAAUUUUCUGUUACUUUCAACUCAUUUCAUGUGAAGUGUUCAGUGGCUCAACCAUGUCAGCCAUGUGUACAGGUUUUAAUAAUAAUAAUACCAUCUAGUUUACCAUCUAGAAGUUGUAUAGCAUGCAUUCUUGCAAACAAGUUUAGUAUUAACUGCAUUGACAGUGUUGUGACCAAAACUGAAGGUGAUUUUGACUGAAAUAAGACAUAAUAUUCAGACAGUGCAUGCUGUGGGGUGGGACAUCAUGAAUUGUCAGCUCGACAGAAGUGAUAU